CCUAAACACAUAACAAAAAAAAAAAAGAUACCCGGGAUAAUAACACUCAUGGAAUUGCGACUCUGUUUAUCCAAUGCGCGAAAAGAAUAGACAACCAACGGUUUAUUUUCAUUGAGGAGUAUUGGUUUAUUUUCAUGAAAUAGAGAGAAAAAGCCAUUGCCAUGACGACAGACGAGGCGACAGAGAGCCAGCAUCAGAAUAAGCCCAGCCAGCAGGAGGCGGAGAAGCAUCAGGCCACGCCUCCUGACCACGGGCCCUCAGAGUCCCAGGCCGCCACCACCCCCGCCACCUCGCCCCAGAGCCCUGGCUCGCCCUCGCCCUCUCUGCCCCAGGAGGAGGUGCAGCUGAGGCCCCGCCAGCGCACCUCGGCCGGCCGCGGCCUCUCACGUCUCUUCUCCUCCUUCCUGAAGAGGAGGUCUCAGUGCGAGGGGGACGGGGGAGAGAAGGGGGAGAAAGGAGGGGACGGGGAAGAGGCCAAGGCGCCCAUCGCUGAUUGUGAGCCAGAGCUCAGGAUCGAGGGGGAUCAGAACCUGGACCUGCACUCGCUCAGCAGCAACGAGGAGCAGCCUGUCCAGGUAGACCAGAAGGAAGACCCUGACACUGAGAAAGACUCUGAGGACGAGGUGGGGGAGGAGGGAGAGAAAGACAAGGAGGGAGGAGAAGAGGAGGAGAAAGAGGAGGAGCCUGACAGAGAGGAAGAAGCUAAACCUGAUAAACCUCCCCGUCGACCCAGGAUCAUGCAAAUUAGAGUUACACUGCUGGACGACACUCUGUUUGAGUGUGAGCUGGAUAAACAUGCCAAAGGUGUGGAGCUGUUCACCAAGGUGUGUGACCACCUCAACCUGCUGGAGAGAGAUUACUACGGUCUGGCCAUCUGGGAGUCGCCCUCCAUGAAGACCUGGAUGGAUUUCACCAAGGAGAUCCGCAGACAGGUUCAAGGUGCAAAGUUAGACAAGAUCUGUGCAGACGCACAAUCAUGUACAGGAACCAAUUAUGACUUCACCUUCAAUGUGAAGUUCUAUCCACCUGACCCAGCCCAGCUUUCUGAAGACAUCACCAGGUACUACCUGUGUCUCCAGCUGCGUAAGGACAUCCUGGGGGGCCGUCUGCCCUGCUCCUUCGUCACGCUGGCCCUGCUGGGUUCCUACGCACUGCAGUCAGAGUUGGGGGAGUACGACCCAGAGACACACGCACCGGACUACGCCAAGGACCUGAGGCUGGCCCCGGGACAGACCAAGGAGCUAGAGGAGAAAGUCAUGGAGCUGCACAAGACAUACAGGUCGAUGAGUCCAGCACAGGCAGACAUGGCCUUUCUGGAGAACGCCAAGAAACUAGCCAUGUACGGAGUGGACCUGCACCAGGCCAAGGAUCUAGAUGGAGUGGACAUCAUGCUGGGUGUGUGUUCUGGGGGUUUGAUGGUCUACAAGGACAAGCUGAGGAUCAACCGGUUCCCCUGGCCCAAAGUCCUCAAGGUCUCCUACAAACGCAGCAGCUUCUUCAUCAAGAUACGCCCCUCAGAGCUGGAGCAUUACGAAAGCGCCAUUGGUUUCAAACUGCCAAACUACAAGGCCUCCAAGAAGCUGUGGAAAGUGUGUGUGGAGCAUCACACCUUCUUCAGACUGAUCUCCACUGAGGUGGCUACCACUCCCAGGAAGUUCCUAGCGCUGGGCUCUAAGUUCCGCUACAGUGGGCGGACCCAGGCCCAGACCCGCCAGGCCAGCUCUAUGAUUGACAGGCCAGCCCCCCUGUUCCAACGCUCGGCCAGCAAGAGGAACUCACGCAGCCUGGACGAAGCCAUGGUGUCCACUCCAGACAAGAGCACUCGUCCGGUCAGUGCUCCCAUCAUGUCCCCUGUCUCUCCCGGGGAUGCCGCCCCGUCCCCUGUGACCUCGGCCUUGCCUCGCUGUGAGAGGCGAGAAGCAUCUACCGCCGCGGGCCGCAAGUCCCGCUCAGCAGAGAGGAAGGCCAAGGAGGAGGCCAAGGUGGCGAGCAGGGUGGAGAGCAAGGUGACAGAGGUCUCCAAGACACAGAGUUCCAGACCACAGUCCACCCCAGAGUUCAAGAGGGAGGGAGCCAGGGGGAGCAGUCAUCAUGCCCCUGCAGUCACCACCACCAACGGGACAGGGAGAGAGAGAAAGAGCCAGCAGCAUUCGCCCCGGGAGAGAACCGGCACGGAGAUGGUGCGAGUGAAGAAGAAAAGAGCUAAGAAACUUGAGGGUGAAACUAUUUAUAUCAGGCAUAGCAAUUUAAUGUUGGAGGACCUGGAUAAGACCCAGACAGAGAUCAUGCGUCACCACACCAGUAUCAGUGAGCUGAAGAGAAGCUUCAUGGAGUCUGUUCCGGAGCCGCGGCAGAGUGAGUGGGACAAGCGCCUGUCCACACACUCUCCCUUCCGCACGGCCAGCAUCAACGGACAGCUGCAGCCAGGCACCGACGGGUCUAACGUGGUGAAGACACAGACUAUCACCAUCUCAGACGUGUCUAACUCCCUGCGAGGAGACGUCUCUAACAAGGAGGUCCCCAUCGUGCACACUGAGACCAAGACCAUUACCUAUGAGUCAGCGCAGUGUCUCCUUCAGCCCGUAGACAACAUGGCAGAGAGGGACUCUGGAGUGCUGCUGAGUGCCCAGACCAUCACCUCAGAGACAGUCAGUACAACCACCACCACUCAGAUCACCAAGACGGUGAAAGGAGGGAUCUCAGAGACUCGCAUUGAGAAGAGGAUUGUUAUAACUGGGGACACAGAGAUUGAUCAUGAUAAGGCUCUGGCCCAGGCCAUCAAGGAGGCGAAGGAGCAGCACCCGGACAUGUCUGUGACCAGAGUGGUGGUGCACCAGGAAACAGAGAUCACCCCAGAUUAACCCCAGGCUCACCUCUCCUAUAACCAGCUGGGGACCAAAACUACCACGCGCCUGGGGAAGAUGAACUCACACACAGCCCUCCCCCACCCCCACCCUUCUCCGCUUGUGUCACCACCAUUCAUACAUGUUUACCGCAGAGCCCCCCACCCCCACCCAACUGCACUGCCUUGGAGACAGACACACACCAUACCAGAUUGGACCAGUCCAACCAACCAGAGAGAACAAGCUUCACUUUUGAACUAUGAACCUUGAACCUCCCAGCCAAUGGAGUUCAACCGAAAGAGAAGGGAACAAACAGAACUCUCCAGAAAACUCCCAGAAUUCCCUAGGACUACCCACAAUCCCUCUCUUUCGCUCUCCAUUCCACUCUACUGCCAAAUCCCAAACGACCGAACUGGACUUUUCUAAACAACAAAAAUGUUGAAAUAAAGUAUUUAAAUUUUUUCCUCUUUCUCCCAUUUGUCUGGAGAUUUUAACGAUAAUUUUUAAAGGGCACUUGGUAUUUUAAUUGUGUAGAGAUUGCAGGAACUUUGUUCAUAUUUUUCUAAGAGUUUUCUUAUCGUCGUAAUUGGAAAUAUCGGUAUCUUCAAGGUCAACUUUGAAGGGACUCUUAUUCUGAAGGCGGAUGAUAACAAGGGAUUGUGGGUGAUUUUUCUGGAACUCUUAAACCAUCGUGAUACGAGGAUCCCUCUUCAAAUCAAACAACUUUACAACCAAGUUUGGUUUCAUCUCUUGUACAGUACAAAAAGUUUGUAACAUUUAUUUUUCCCUCUCAAUGUGAAAAGUAUUUUUUCAAUUUAAGUGUAAAAAAUAUCUAAUUUCAUCCAAACAUUUUUGGGGGCCAAUUUAAGAAUCUUUCUGGUCUUUUGAAGAUAUGACUUCAUGCUCUUCUGGAAUAUUCCUUUUGACUGUUUUAGUGGUCGUUGUUGUUAUAGUAACACUGGAGAAAAGGGUCUUCAUCAGGACUGGAGGGAAAGAAGCAGUGUAUUGAAAUAACAUGAUUUUAUUUAUAUUUAUUACUUUAUUUACAUCCUCUGUCUUAUAUGUGUGUAUGUAUCCAGCAUUUUAGAUCAACCUGACUUUUCAGUGCAGGUUUGUAGUUAAAUGUUUUUGUAUUAGGCUACUCACAGAACAUUCCAACCACCAGCUACACAACAUACCAGUCAUUCAUUUGUACCGGGCAUGGCAGAGCAGCAGAGGCAACUUUACAAUGUCCUGCAUUCAUUUUCCUGUAUUGAUACUUUUCUACCAAAGUGGGCAGUGUUUACUCAUCCACAGAGAUGGACCACUGUACAGAACAUACACUACAUGGCCAAAAGUAUGUGGAGACCGCUUCAAAUUAGUGGAUUUGGCUAUUUCAGCCACACCCGUU